GACAUUAGUAGUAGUACGGUGAGAUAUUGACUCAGUUCGGUCAAUAUCCGCACAUUCAACUCAUUUGUUAUCAGAGGAAUUCUUCAUUUUAUCGCAAGAUUUGAUCUUCAUGUUGUUACCCAAGCUGAGAUACAGCCCCUUUUCUCGCCACCUGAUGAUGAGGCGGACAUGAUGCGUAACUCUGACUCAACCAUGACAACCUUGGUGUCUUCCCAUGAUUCAUAGUACAAGAGCUCUUCGAGGCUGUAGCUUCAUUUGUGGAAUGCAGGUGGAUUCAGAAAAACUCUGACCGUGACAAGCUGGUACGAUUGCGUAGACUUCCCAGUGGACUUAACUCCUGCAUAAUAAGUGCCUGUUGAGGCCUCCUAGUCGCACAAUCAGUGCUGAGUUCGUUGGAUUAGAAUCUUUGAGGUGUAUGCAUUGUACCGCUCAUGCCCUCUGCAUCCGCCAGGAGAAGAUAUCCGUUACGGAAAUUUACAUGCAUACAUUGUAUGCGUCGACAAAGUCGGACACCUCCCUAAAACGCCCGCUUUGACCCCCGCAUUUGAAUCUUGUUGCUGGAUCGGUCUGGACGGCGAUGCACAAGGGCUAUCGUGAGCAUUUGCAGUUUGUUUUCAGGUCACCCCAAUGUUGGAUGAGAGACUCCGAUCACCACUAGGGGGUAGAGAGGAAGGCGCUGCCGCCAGGUUCCGAUAAUGUCUGAGCUGAUUCUUGCCGCCAAGCGUGGACUCUACCACCGUGUCUUGGCCGAGGUCCGGGAAGGGGCGGUGAUCGAUGCCAGAGACAACGAGGAGGCUACCCCGUUGUACUGGGCAGCUUGCGGUGGGCACUCCGACAUCUGCAGGCUGCUUCUUAGCAAAGGAGCAGAUACCAACUUGGCUGUCCAGUGGGGGUCGACACCCCUCCACGCUGCAGCGGACCGGGGUCACACGGACUGCAUCAAGUACCUCCUCAGAUAUGGUGCUGAUGUAAACGCCCAGAACAACAACGGUGACACCCCCCUACAUCUGGCCUCGUUCCGGGGCCACAAGGAAGCCUGCGUCAUCCUGGUGGCCCAUGGUGCUGACCACAACAUCCUCAACAACCACGGCAAGACAUCCCACCAAGAAGCCCAAGGGGCGCAGCAUAGGGACAUCACCAAGAUCUUCUCGGACAAGAAAACUGCCAGCAAGGAUGUUGUGAUGACGAGACAAAGGCUACGAGCCAGCGAUAGCGAUGAUUCGUUGCUCCGGGCAAAGAAGACUAGCCUCAGAAAGAACCUCCUUGCCUCCUCACUGGAAAAGCAAGUGGAAAUGCGAGAAAAGCCUGGAACUAGAGCAAUUCCAAGUCAUCUGAAUCAGCUCUCUGAUGAUGCAAGUAGCUCAUCAGCCUUCCAUCACCACCACAGACCCUUCUCAGACCCGACUCCUGCCUUUCUUGGAAGGCCACUCAACAUCGAGGAGUUCUCGGACCCAGCCAAGUUGGACAAUAUCUUGUCUGAGGAAACAGACUUCCACCAUAGACAGGAGGAGACAGAGCGAGAUCAUUACAUCGUAGCGAUCGACAGCCUCCAACUCAAAGUGGCGCUGCUGACGUCUCAGAAAGAAGCGCUGGAGAUGCAGCUUAGGGAGGGUGGAGGAAGUCCGAGCCAGGAGCUGAUCCGAAAGGAAUUGGAGCAGAAACUAGGAGGGGUGUCAAUAGAACUUGAGAAGCAACGGCAUGAGAGGAGAGCAUCAGAUGCUCGCAGCCGUCAGCUAGCAAUGGAGCUCUUUCGCUUGAAGCAUUCGCAAGAACACCAAAAAAGGCCUUCUAUGGGUGACCUGCCAACUUAUUCGUCUUCAGAUACAUCCGUAGGAACUGAGAGUUUGAUCUCAGAAUACAAAAGCUUGUGUCGGACAAAGCAGAACACAGAAAGGUCGUUGACGAAGAGUAUUUGUAGCUACCUCCAAAAGCCUUAUCUAUGCCAGGAUUCUAGUCUUGAGCACGUCUUUGCUCUGAUGCAGGAAGGCAAGGCUGCCAUUCAGAUCCUGAAGACCUCAACCACAAAGAGACUAUGUAUGAUACGAUCAAGCCUGAACGACAUGAAGGACGAGUUGUCGUCAGAUGAGACUGGGAAGCAGUGGACAUUAGAGGAAGACUACAAGGUCAUGGAUGGAAGGCCUGUUGACCGAGAGUUGAAGCAGUCCGAGGAUGGCUUGAUUUCUCAAAUGUGCAUUCGGGUACUCUGCAAGGAUCAAACAUAUAUCAUGAAGAUAUUAAUGAACCACAGACGGUCUCCAAAACCGCCGACCCACCAGUGUACAACAGACUCCUUGGGAGCUGAAUUCAGCGUUCUGAAUUCCCUUCACGAAGCACCUCACCCUCACAUCACCAGAAUAUGCCACCACUUUGACAUUCCAACCUCGGAACUCCGCAAUCUAUUCGACGUCUCGUCGCUUCUGGGCAGCGCCCACUCUGGACAGUUGUCAGAAAGGACUGCCAUGGUCAUCUUCCCGGAUUACUGUACGACUUUGGACCACUUGGUUUCCUCGCUAGGCGUGGAUCGCCCAAGCUCGCACAGACCCACUCAAAAUUCAAAUGAGGUGUUCGUACUUCGACUAUUGCUACAGCUUCUGAAAGCUCUGUCGUACCUGCGUGCCAACGGCGUAGCUCACAGAGACAUCAACGCCAAAGCCGUAGUCAUAGACUGGAACAUGAGACUGGUACUGGGGGAGUUUGGUCAUGCCAGAAAGUUGCAGAAUGAUGAAGGCCAAGGAAUACCGUUUGUUGAGAAAAGCCAGAUCAGUGCCGGUAAUCCAUUAGCAUGGUCACCAGAGCUGCUGCAGUAUUCUAUCCACGGACCACCAAAGUCAUGGCAGAAAGUGCUCACACUCAUGGAUGUGUACGAAAGCUCCGAUAUGUACAGCGCUGCUGCCAUGCUGUGUGAUCUCUUCACAAAACUGCCGGUGGAGGAGUCGUCCCCGCCACUACCGGAGAUGACAGCCCACUCGUUACCUGGAGUAUGCACCAAGCCUCCUGGCUUUCUAUCCAGCGAAGCGCAAGCUUUGUUUGACCGUCUUCUCAGAGACAACCCAGCAGAGAGGCCGACCUUGCAGGAGGCAACUUUGAGGACUGGUAUGUUGCUGUAUGGCCCAAGACUGUCGGCCGUGAACUCGGCUCAAGAUGUGGAUGCAUGGGUGCAAGCACAGGACAUCCGAAUGCUAGCUACACCACCUCUACUGGACACAAGAGAGCUGGAUGAGCUUGCCAGACGUCUUGACUGGGAGCUCUGCCAUGACCACAUCCACUCCGUGUCGACCAGUGAGCUGUGGCAACUUUGUAAUGACCCUCUGGUGGGUUGAAGGAACACCGUCAUUGUCGUUUGAACAAGUUGCUGUUUGUUGUGAUUCAGUUACGCUUCAGCAAGCAGUGAAAGAAGAUCAUCUUUUCUCCUGCUGGCUGUUCCGAGAGAUGUUGUUGUAGGAGCAAGACAACAGAAAAUCUUGUGAAAAGGUUGUCCGAGUUAGCUUCAAAGAUAAAUCACAAAGGUGCAAAAGGCAUAAGGCUUGCAGAGUUCCGUUCCAUUACGACAGCUACAAGACUGAAACCAAACAGUUAGUUGGGAAUGUGUUUCUGUAUGGGCUCCGUGCGCGAACAAGUGAGGGCGCUUAUUUAACAUCUUCGAGAGCCAAGUGGACGGGACACUUUACAUGGGCGUACUGGUUCGCACGCACGUAGUGCGCAAAGUACGCGCAACUAUUUUUAUUCUGACUGUGCACAAAGCAAAGCGUCUUUGCGUGAGCAUCAGGCGUUGUUGGCAAUGCGUUCAAAUGUCACUCUAAGCGGUCUCCCAAACUCUCCCUUCCUUACCGUUGAGGGGGGUACUUGUGCACGGAGCCCAUACAUCAACCUCCAACAAAAUUUGCUAAAAUCCAACACCUGAUUUUUGCUAGAACCAAAAGACAAUCCUAUUGCCUUGUGACUGAGUCACUGAGUAGAAAGACUGACGUAAACUGAGGAUUUCAGGUCCGGCACAAAUAUGCAAGCUAGUCUUGUUAAUAAUACGGGUGGAUAAAGAAGUGUAGAGCCCGGUCACUGUAACUUUACGCAGGGCUUGAAGUUGAAUGGUCAUGUAUGAAGUUGUUGGAUUUUGGCAGAUCCAAGAAGUUUCUAGGAAGAAAGUCUUGAGGAGUCUGGGUUAAGAGGAUCCGACCCUGCUGUGAAUAACUUUCUGCUCAAGCAGUAAGAUUCCUGCAACGUGGUAAGGAAGAUCUCAGAUUUAUCCUGACACAACUUGCUGGAAAACAAUAUUCCAGAAUCGUGUCCAGAAACCAGAUUUGAGCUGAUUCUGACACAGAAAAGCUGCUGUCAGAGUUUUAGGAUCAAUCUAAGUGGGGAGGUGAUGUCAUGAGGAACCCUUAAUGGGUUUGUAUGAGUUGUGAGCUGCCUGCUCAUAUGCACGUCUUUAGUCUGUUUUGUGUCCAUUUCUUAGUUAAGCCUGCAGUUUAGAAAUGGCCGAAAAAGGCAACAGACCCACAAUGGACUGAAAACGUGUGUAGAAAGGCGGCUGAAGUGUGACAGGUGUGCUCUUCAAGGAAGGCCUGCGGCAACUCCUGAACUAUUGAGCUGUGAGUGCAUGUCGGACAUUAACAGUCAAAACGUCAUGGUGCGGUGCUUUAAUGGAUCGGUCUGUUGACAUUUCCUGUUGUAGUUUUCGGGAAAUUGCCAGAUUUUGGGGAAGGUUGGCAGCAGGUCAUGAAUUAUUUUCUCCUCUUGAGCAAAAGGUUGAACUCUUAGCCGUAUUAAGAAUCUUGCUCUGUUAUUAUUGCAUUCUGAUUUGUUGCAUUAUUUGGUCAUGUUUCGGUACCUGUGCAGCAUCUUGAGCUUUUUGUAAAUGUCAUGUAAAUAAUUUUUAUAAUUCUGUAUUUCACACAUGCUUGCUGUUUCUAUUUCAAAUUGUAGAUAGUUACUUUGCCUGUAGCUGCGAUGUCGGAUAGAUUGUGAAACAAAAUAAAUUUGAAAUAAUUUCUUUAAAAAAACAGCCUGAAAUUAAUAUACCUCAUAGUAAAAGCAUCGUAAUUACUGCGUCCUAAUCAUUGCAUCAAAGUGUGUGGCAACGCAAUUGACCGAUAAGUAAUAUGUACAUUUAUACGUUUGGUUCACUUGCUGAAACUAAAAAGUGAUAGUAUUUAUAUCACAACUUUCUAUUUGUAUCAUAUUAAAUGAAAGUAAUGUUUCAUGUAAUCAGAAAUAGUAAAUUCUGUAAUAUUCUAUAUUGGAUGAUGUUAGAUUUAAAGAAAUCGCAUACGUCACAUUGUAUAUUGUUUAUGCUUGCAUGUAUUUUAUAGCUAGUUUUACUAAUACUUACAUCUGAAUAAUUGUUACUCAGUUCUGAUGAAAUUCAUCAAAAGUGAUAAUCUUGGAGUAGACCUAUUCUGUAUUUUACAGAAUAUUGUUUAUUGUGCCAUGAUAGGGAGUCUGAAGGAAAAAAGUAAUAACUUGAAAUUAAGAAAUUGAUGAAGAUGGGACAUGAACCUGUAACUGUUGGAACACUGUACUGUCGCUCUAACAUGCGAGCUACUUUUCCUAAAGUUUUCAGUCUACCAAUUUUACAAUAACUUUCUGAAGGGGAUGACAAUGAGAAUUCACAUAACUGAUAUACAAAUAAUGAAUGUUUGUGAGUGCAAUGUUGAGAAUAUUCAUGGGUUGAAAGAUGGAAUGUUCCAUUUGAAUGGAACAUUGCAUCUUUCACUGAAUGAAACUAUUCUCUCAAUUGCACGAUUGCAAAACAUUCAUUAUUUGUUUUAUAUCACAUCCAAGUAGAUCUUUGUCAUUCGAUUGGUGGAUAAAACUUGUAUUCAAAUGACAAGGAAAUACUUGGGUAUUAUAUAAUACUUUCUAGACGUUGGCAUCAACAAUACCUGAAAACAAUAGAACAAAAGCAUCUUUCUUUGCUGCCACAAAGAUCUCAAAAUCUCUCAACAGUUGAAUAGAAUUCAUAGUUCUUACAAAAACGCAUUUUUAAAAGCAUUUUCUGCAGCUCUUUUCCUUCAGACUUUCUGGCAAAACAUAUGUAUGCUGUAACAGCGUUUUGGUUGUAAAUACAGUAAAAUAGCUGUUCAGGUAAACUUUUGUCUGUUCAAGGUUUAAUUGUGUAAAAUGUCUAGUUACAAAUUUAAUAUAUAUUUUUUUGCAACUCUUUCAUGUAAUAUUAAGUACACCUCAUGUAAUUGUAAAAAAAUUAUAUUGUUUUUGAUUGCUACCCAGGAAUAAAAAUAGAGGAUAGAUUUCAGGCAACGGUUUGUUUUAUAAAUCUUGUGAUAUACAUGUAGUUGCCUAUGAUUUUAUGAAGCCAACUGUAUAGAUGUAAAAUUUAAGCGGGGCAUUUAAGCGGAGCUGCUUUAAAAAUAUCAUAAUACGUUGUACAGAUAUGAAGCAAUUGUUUUUACUUUUAAUCAGUUAUUGUAAACUACAUUUGUAGCCAACUUCUGAUGUGUCAGUGUUUUAUCAUACAAACUAUAUCAGUUCAGUGUUUGGGUUGCUUUUCUGAAGGGGCCACUUUUCAUUGUUUUGUUUACGGUCAACGGUUUUUCCAAUAAAUGUAAGUGAAAGUUGGCAAAUGUGUCCCCAAAUGUGCCUUUGAUUAGAGGAGAAAUUGGCAAACGGCGUACCAAAUCAAUAUAUUUAAAUACAGUUUUUUAAAACAACUAUUUUUCGCUUUAAAAAUUUGUGAGCAAAAAGAAAUGUGUAGUUUAAUAAUCAGCUUGUUAUGUUAAGUUACUCCAAUAUAUUAAAUAUGGUGAAUAUUUAAAGAAAUUAUAAUUACAGGAAUGGCAAUUUGAAAGGAUGUUAAAUGCCCUGAGGCCAUGUUUUUGAAGAGGAAACUAACUGAUUUGGAAGUAUUUCAUUGUAUUUCAGAUUCUAGUCAUGGCUGCUAGGUUGUAGUAAGGAAGCAUUCCCGUUACAUUUUGGAAUGCAUGUGUCUUAAUGUACCGUUAAUUCCUAGAUAAACAAACUAAUUGGUACGCGUGCCAACUUGUUUCAAGCGGUUUAUAUACCAGGAUGACAAUAAAAGGAUGGAAGGAAAAAAAA